GCGCUGGAGGAGGGGGCCGGCAGGGAGGGACUCCAGGCGGACGCGUCCAACUUUGAGACCGGCGGGGGGCGGCUCUGCUCUUCCAGCCCCUCCGUGUGUUAACAUGGCGGAAGACGCAGCAGCGAAAGAAAAAUAAUCUAGUCUAGGACAGGUAUCCAGGCGACGUGGAACCCAGUAAGGGAAGAAAGAAGCCUUGAAAAGUCUCUCCCCUCCCCUAUUUCGGUCCCUCACCUUAACCCGCGCGGAAUGGAAAAGGCGGAGGCGCUCGGCCAAGAUCUAAGCGGGCCGCCGGGGUGGGGCCAGGAGAAGAAAUCUCGCGAUAGGAGAGCGGUCCUGGCGGGGGUGGCACCUCUCCCUCCUCCUCCUGGCGUUAGUUCCGGUCGCAGAGGAGACACCGCCGCAGUUGCCGCUACAUCGGGGAUUUCUGGCUCUUUCCUCUUCGCCUUAAAUUCGGGUGUCUUUUAUGAAUAAUCAAAAGCAGCAAAAGCCAACGCUAUCAGGCCAGCGUUUUAAAACAAGAAAAAGAGAUGAAAAAGAGAGGUUUGAUCCUACUCAGUUUCAAGACUGUAUUAUUCAAGGCUUAACUGAAACCGGUACUGAUUUGGAAGCAGUAGCUAAGUUUCUUGAUGCUUCUGGAGCAAAACUUGAUUACCGUCGAUAUGCAGAAACACUCUUUGACAUUCUGGUGGCUGGUGGAAUGCUGGCCCCAGGUGGUACACUGGCAGAUGACAUGAUGCGCACAGAUGUCUGCGUGUUUGCAGCCCAAGAAGACCUAGAGACCAUGCAAGCAUUUGCUCAGGUUUUUAACAAGUUAAUCAGGCGCUACAAAUACCUGGAGAAAGGUUUUGAAGAUGAAGUAAAAAAGCUGCUGCUGUUUUUAAAGGGUUUUUCAGAGUCGGAGAGGAACAAGCUGGCUAUGUUGACUGGCGUUCUUCUGGCUAAUGGAACACUUAAUGCAUCCAUUCUUAAUAGCCUUUAUAAUGAGAAUUUGGUUAAAGAAGGGGUUUCAGCAGCUUUUGCUGUAAAGCUCUUUAAAUCAUGGAUAAAUGAAAAAGAUAUCAAUGCAGUAGCUGCAAGUCUUCGGAAAGUCAGCAUGGAUAACAGACUGAUGGAACUUUUUCCUGCCAAUAAGCAAAGCGUUGAACACUUCACAAAGUAUUUUACUGAGGCAGGCUUGAAAGAGCUUUCAGAAUAUGUUCGGAAUCAGCAAACCAUCGGAGCUCGUAAGGAGCUCCAGAAAGAACUUCAAGAACAGAUGUCCCGCGGCGAUCCAUUUAAGGAUAUAAUUUUAUAUGUCAAGGAGGAGAUGAAAAAAAACAACAUCCCAGAACCAGUUGUCAUCGGAAUAGUCUGGUCAAGUGUAAUGAGCACUGUGGAAUGGAACAAAAAAGAGGAGCUUGUAGCAGAGCAAGCCAUCAAGCACUUGAAGCAAUACAGCCCUCUACUUGCUGCCUUUACUACUCAAGGUCAGUCUGAGCUGACUCUGUUACUGAAGAUUCAGGAGUAUUGCUAUGACAACAUUCAUUUCAUGAAAGCCUUCCAGAAAAUAGUGGUGCUUUUUUAUAAAGCUGAAGUCCUGAGUGAAGAGCCCAUUUUGAAGUGGUAUAAAGAUGCACAUGUUGCGAAGGGGAAGAGUGUUUUCCUUGAGCAAAUGAAAAAGUUUGUGGAGUGGCUCAAAAAUGCUGAAGAAGAAUCUGAGUCUGAAGCUGAAGAAGGUGACUGAAUUUUGAAACUACACCCUCAGUAAAGCAAACAGGAGUUGUAGAUAAAAUGUCAUGUCUCAUGUGUCCUGGUUCUUACAUCUUCCUACCUCCCUGUAUCAAGCAUGAUAUAAGGGCUUUCAUGGCAAAUUUUAUUUUAACUGUUUCUAUGGUUGCUGGAAAUGUUGGGUUUAGUUCCUAAAACCAUGUUUUAAGUAGCUACAGGAGCUAUAGAUUUGAAUCUAAUGUUGCAUUAGUCUUUUCAGUUAUCUUCUACCUCCUGUAUUUUCUACUGUAAUGUAAUUUAAGGCCUUCCACAAUGAACAGUUCACUUUAUUCCCUGGGUUUUCUAUAAACAGUUUUCAAAAUAUGAUUUGGUUAAAAAAUAAUAAUUUGUUAUAACAAUUCUGUUUGCAAAUUAAACUGUAAAAGUAUCCAGAGUCUCAAAAGGCGAUGAUUUGUGUGAUAAUAUGGCAUGUCCGGAGCCCUACUCAUCAAUUUAAAAUCCAUAUAUUGAAUUCAUUUAACAUGAAUCUUGAAUAUGAGGA